AUGAAUUGGUCGUUUAUACUACAACUGCUAAUAACAUUAUUGGUAAUUCUGCUGAGCGCCAAUUGGUUGCUCAGUUCUUUUCUAUUAGAUUUUAAGAGAGACCUUACGGCAGUUGCCCUAUCACAACAAUCCAGCAUAUCCAGUGUUCGUAAAGAAAAUGAAACAGCAUAUUAUAGAAGCAUCUUAGUACCCACUGGGUUCCCACUGACAACAGGAUUGGGGCUUUCUUUGAAGUAUAAAAUAAGAAAUGGUAAUUUUGGUGAUGUUUGGAAUGCCAUAAUGGAGGUUUCCAAGGGAAAAAAUACCAUUAAGUUUACUGGGGACGAGAAAAGUCUUUCGUUAGGUGAACUUAAUGGUAUGGCCAAGCGCAUAUUUGGGAAACUAUCUACUGAGAAUUUCAAAAACAUCGGUAUAUCUAAUUCCAUUGCAACGUUAGAAGGCUUCACGCUCACAUUGGCUUCCUUAAUGGUCUCUCUAAAGACUGGUUCUAUACCUCAUUUUUUGCCAGCGGUUCCUAGACAGCGGGUAAAUGAUCUUGACGUUCUGAUCAUCGAUUCAUGGAGAUCUUUUAAGAUGCUAAACGGCAGCGAGGAUUGGUACAGGCUAAUAAUUGUUUGCGAUGAUCCCACAAGAUCACCAGAACUCGAUGCAAACAGUAAAGUUACUACUUGGAAAGAACUUGUAGAAGGGUUUACUAACGAUACGGAGUACCAAUAUACACCACCAGAUGACAACUCUGACGAUAAGAAGCCUUUUGCAUACGUAACUUCCCCAUGGAAUGGAACGAAUAGUUUUAACCAAAUCUGCCUGGUGAGUAAUAUAGCUGAAUUCAUUAAGGGCUUCCCCUUGGGCAAUGAAUUGAAUAAAAAUGAACACUUGACCAUUUCAUCAAAACUUGCAACGUCCAGUACUAGUCUACAAAUUUGGGGAAAACUUUUUGCAGUUUUACUGCAUGGCGGUUGUGCAUCGUUUAUCAACCCAGCAAAUUUGGACUGCAAGUCCUUGCAAGAAACUACACUUUUAUUUAUUGAAACAAGAGAUGUUGCCAAAUUACUAAAUUCUAGUUCGAAAAGUGGAUUGCUAAAUAGAAUUUGCUUAUCCUGGGCCACAAAUUUACUGAGCGAGGGUAUUUUUACAAAAAUUGCCAAAAUGGAGCCACAUUCUCUUGACAGAUUAAGAUGUGUUUAUUUAACGGAUAGUAUAAAGGAUGCUGAAGUUAUCUCAACGUUUCCUGAAAAAAUUCCUAUUCUAGAAAAAAAGAAUCAAAGAACCACUCCUAGUACCAAACAGUUGAACAAGAUAAGAGCGCAGUUAGCAUCCCGUGUGGUCCUUGAAUUAUAUUGUCCAUAUGCUAUUAUGGGUCCUGUAGCACAUACCAACUUUUACGAUUAUAGAGUUUUUGAGAAAUCAGUAGAUGACAGCGUUGUUUGUUAUGGUACAUUAAGCACUAACUUAGAGGGAAAAAUGGUGGAGACAGAAACUAACCCUCGUUUAAACAUAGAAAAGAGGCAAGGUAUGUUGUGUAUUCGUGGCUUUAGCAUAGGUAAACCAGUAGAGUUAGAUCGUCUGGAGAAAGCUUUGCAUUUAGCUGAAAGGUUUGGAGGGGGUGAAGGCUGGAUGCCUUUAGUUGGCGUAUUUGGUCUGUGGGGCCAGGACGGUUGCCUAUACAUCUAUAACCAAUAA